UAUAGUAACGAAUUAUAAGAUUAAACCUACAUUCAAACAACUUGCAUGUGGUGGUACCAUACUGUCACGUAGGUUCAUUUUGACUGCAGCCCACUGCGUGCACUUUGGGUACCGACGACCUUUGUCCAUUGACGUGAGAUACAACAGCACGUACUUAGAGGAAGGUCCCAUUGCUUCGGCCAAGGACAUCAUACCACAUCCACGGUUUAGCAUGACAACUGUAGCAAACGACAUCGCCCUUGUGAAGUUGACAAGGCCACUACGUUUUGACAAGUUCGUCAAACCAAUCUGUUUGCCCAUGCGGCGAUUGGAAGUCGUCAACAAGAAAGCGUAUGCUUCUGGGUGGGGAAAGCUGACCGAAGGUGGCAAGAGCACGGAUAGGCUUCGCUACCUUGAGACGAAAUUCUUGCCUUUUCGCAAGUGCGCACCGUCUUUCAACCCAUGGGUGCAGCAGGACGUGUUCACUGGCGCCCAGGUCAUAUGCACGAAAACAAAUGGCAAGGGUGUCUGUCAGGGCGACUCAGGAGGCCCAGUGGUCAUCUGGAGAAAGGGUCUUCGCAGGUAUUAUCAAGUGGGCGUCAUCUCUUUCUCAGUGGGCUGCAGCAAGGACUACCACCCUAAUGUGCACACCAGGGUGUCCUACUUCGUGCCUUGGAUCCGAAACAUGAUGUGGAUCAGAUGGUGGAUCUAA